AAUACUUUGACGGUGCGGCAGCUAAGAAAGUAGUAGACUGUGCUGGCAAAAUGGUGAAGAUCACAUUCUACGAGGAAAAUCAUUUCCAGGGCCGCUGCUAUGAGUGCAGCACCGACUGUGCCGACCUGCACUCCUACUUCAGCCGCUGCAACUCGGCGAGGGUGGAGAGCGGGGCCUGGGUGCUUUAUGAGAAACCCAACUACAAGGGCUACCAAUACAUCCUGAGCCCAGGGGAGUACACAGACAACCAGCAAUGGAUGGGAUUCAACGAUAGUGUCAAGUCCUGCCGCGCCAUCAAAAACGUGUAUGGCAACGUGUGGAAGCUGAGGCUGUACGAGAGGCCAGACUUCGGCGGUCAGAUGGUGGAGUGGGCCGAGGACUGCCCCUCGGUCUACGAGGCCUUUAAGUUCCGCGAGGUGUACUCGUGCAUGGUGACCCACGGCGCCUGGGCCUUCUACGAGCUGCCGAACUACAGGGGACACCAGUACUUCCUGGAACGCCGGGAGUACCCCCGCCACACAGACUGGAGCGCCGCCACUGCCGCUGUGGGCUCCUUCCGCAGGAUCACUGAGUUCUAAGGCUCUGUGACCUUUGAGCGUGGGAUCGAGUUGUUCUCUGGUCUUAUUGAGUCUGUGUGACAUGAUCCAAUAAAAAAUGAACUAUUUGCAAAUGUC